AUGCCACUUUCAAAGUCAAUCUUCGAGACGGUAGCUAUCGUGUCAUCUCUAGGACACGUAGUCCGUGGUACUACUGCUGUGGUGCAAAAAGAUGUGGCUUCGUGGUGGAAUCUGUCGUUUGUUCGGGCCCUGGCCCAGGCAUGUGAUGCCAGCCAACCAAUGUGGUCCGAACUCCAGGAAAAGUCGCUAGGAGCACGAGAAAAGGAGACUAAUGGGUCUAACGCCAAUGGCAGCAGCCCGAGAGGAACUACAAAAGCUCCGGGCAAAAGUGCCGGAGGCAACUCUAAGAGAACAUUCUCCACCAGCACAGGAGCUUUCAACGUGGGUCGGUCUCAAGUCAGAUACUACCUGACGAAAAACGGCCACGAUGAGGUAAAGCGGAGGAAACCUCAAAAGUCAAAGAUUGUCAAGCCCAAAUUGAUUGGAGUGGAGGAAACGAAAGACCACCAGUUGUCUCAAAGUGAGAUUCCAAGCAGUAGAUUGGCCAGAAUCUUUCACUAUGGUACAUUGGCAGCCGGAAUGGGUAUCGGUGCCGCCACCCACGGAAUCAAGCACUAUGCUUCAGGAAACAAACUGGAGUUAACCAUGAAACUGAUGUUUUUGAGCCCGGCCAACAUUGAACGUAUGGCCAAAAAAUUCUCUCAAAUGCGUGGUGCAGCCUUGAAGGUGGGCCAGAUGAUGUCGUUCCAGGACCUGCUGAUUUUGCCAGCAGAAAUCCAGCAGAUCUUGUUGCGAGUGCAGAAUAAUGCCCACUACAUGCCUCCGGGCCAGUUGCACCGAGUUAUGGCUGCAGAGUUGGGCCAGGACUGGAGAAAGAAGUACUUUGCCAAAUUUGUGGAUGUUCCAUUUGCUGCUGCAUCCAUUGGUCAGGUGCACGAUGCCGUCACCGUUGACCUUACCCCCGUGGUUGUUAAGGUCCAGUACCCGGGCGUUCUGGACUCCAUCGACUCAGACUUGAAUAAUUUACUUUUGCUCUUGACAGCCCUGUCGAUUCUUCCCAAGGGCCUUUUCUUGGAUAAAACCAUAGCUAAUGCCCGUGUGGAGCUUAAAUGGGAGUGUGAUUACAUCCGUGAAGCUCAAAAUCUUAUCAGAUUUCGUGAAUUGUUGCAGGAUGAUCCCGUUUUUGAAGUUCCUAGAGUUCUCCACCAGAUGUGCGGAGAACAUGUAUUGACAAUGGAAAAAAUGAAGGGAGUCGAGAUUGUCAAGGGCAACUGGGACCAGGAAACAAAGGAUUGGAUCGCUACGAACAUUAUGAGACUCUGCUUGCUUGAGCUCAAGAAGUUCAAGUUCAUGCAGACUGAUCCUAAUUGGGCCAAUUUCUUAUACAAUGACGAGACCAAGAAGAUCGAGUUGCUAGACUUCGGAGCUUCGCGUGACUUCUCCGAUGCAUUUGUGGAAGAUUACGUUGAGGUGCUUCGGGCUGCUGUAAGAAAGGACCGUGAGGCAGUUCAAGAAUACUCCAAGAAACUCGGAUAUCUCACUGGAUUGGAGUCUCCACAGAUGAUCAGUGCUCAUGUGGAUUCUGUGAUGGUUUUGGGAGAAGCGUUUGUGCCACAGGAAGGCGACAAGCCGUUCAACUUCCGUGAACAGACCAUCACCGACCGGGUGAGAGAAAACAUAGGUUUGAUGUUGAAUGAGAGAUUGACUCCACCUCCAGAAGAGACAUACUCGCUCCACCGGAAAUUGAGCGGAGUUUUCUUGUUGUGUGCCAAAUUGGGUUCCACGGUGCCUUGUGCUAAGCUCUUCGAAGACAUCAUCGGCUACUAA